AUGCCGCCUCUCCAAUUACCGCCUAACCUCAAGUUCGGUCCCUUCCCUGUCCCCCAUCAAGUCUUCCAUCUCUCCCGCUCCAGCCUAUCAUAUGGCUUGGUGAACCUCAAACCCUUGCUGCCAGGACAUGUCCUCGUCUGUCCAGUCAGAUGUGUGCCACGCUUAUCACAGCUCAGCCCUGCAGAGACAGCCGACCUGUUCCAAACGGUGCAACGUGUCUCGCGGACCCUAGAACGGGUGUAUUCGGCUAGUGCUUUCAACAUUGCCGUCCAGGACGGCGUGGAGGCCGGUCAGUCUGUUCCGCACGUUCAUGUUCAUGUCAUUCCGCGACGGAAAGGAGACUACGACCAUAAAGGGGGAGGGGAUCAGAUUUACAACGACAUGGAUGGCGAGGAGGGAGACGUGGGAAAAGCGUUCCUCGAGAUGCAGCGGCGGAGGAGUGAGUUGGCCCAGGAGAGGAAAGACUUCUCCAAUGGUCCCGACAGCGACAGGAAACCGAGGACGGCGGAUGAGAUGAGGAAAGAAGCUGAAUGGCUGAGGGAGGAGAUGGAGCAUGAUCGCGUGAAUGGUGGAGAAGACAGUUGA